AUGAAGCUUUCUCUCUUUGCCGCAACCGUUAUUGCCGUGACAACCACGGGCGUCCAAAGCUUUACUGCUCCAACUCUCCCUCGACAAUCUGCGGUCCCCCUUUUGGCUCAGAAGAAUGAUUGGAUCGGUGCGGCGGCAGUAACUGCAACUUUGGGAUGGACGUUGGCGGCUCAAGUAGCUGUUGCUACACCACCACUACCACCACAAGAGCAAAUGGUUCCUUCUUCGUCAGUGAUGGUAUCCGUGGAGAAAUUAGAUUUCUCCUUGCCCAGCUACGAUGCCGCUCGAUCGAAUGAAGGUGGUUUUGGAGUAGGAUCGGAAGCUCGAUUGGGUCAAAAUCCUGCCGAUUUCGAAAAGUCCAAGCAAGACGAGGCCAUGAAAAAGGCAGAGGAGGCAAGGUUGGCCCGCAAGGAAGCUUUGAAACAAGAACGAAUCCAACGCAAUGAAGAUCAAAUCCGAGCUGCCGAAGCCAAGAAGCAGCGAGAUGCACAGAAACUUGCCGACUUUUUUGGAGGACAAUAG